UAUUUAGCAAUGAGCCAAUGAGCAGGAAUCCGAUGCCAUGUAAAAGCCUUCAAACAAUCAAAAAGCCUCAGAACAGAACCUCUUGAUGUGACUUUAGCAUGAAAUAAGAAGUAAAAGAAGAAGAGAUUAAGAAAAGGUUGUGUUGCGAUGGCAAAGGUUGUAGCAGAGGAGAUAACAACAUUGGGAACAACAUUAGGGGAGAAGGGCACAGCAAUGGAGAUCAAAGACAAAGAGGAAGCUCACCCAUAUGCAUUCCAUGUGUCUGGACCUCGUAAUGUUGCUCCUCCGAAUUGGAGAGACCUUAUCAACUCUAGUUGGUCAGUACCCUUUUUUAAUUUUAACCUUAAUAUCUCUGUGCUAUGUGAACGACGUUUUACCACCUAUGGGAAAUCCAUCAAGCUGGCCCAAACCUUAGUUGAUGAAAGAGAUGGAUCUAUAUAUGGUGCAAUACUAGAAUGGGAUCGAUCUGCAGCAAUGGCAGAUUUGGUACUUAUUAGACCCAGUGGAGCACCAAAAGCUGUUUUAGCACUCCGAGGAACAUUACUCAAAAGCUCAACAAUCAGAAGGGAUGUCGAAGAUGACCUCCGCUUCUUUGCUUGGGAAAGCUUGAAGGGUUCUGUCAGAUUUAAGGGAGCUCUGGAAUCCUUAAAAUCUCUUGCUGCUAGAUAUGGAAGCAACAAUGUAUGUGUAGCAGGUCAUUCACUAGGGGCUGGCUUUGCCCUCCAAGUGGGAAAAACAUUAGCCAAGGAAGGAUUAUAUGUUGACACCCAUUUAUUUAACCCACCUUCUGUCUCAUUGGCAAUGAGUUUCAGAAACAUGGGAGAAAAAGCAGUAUUUGCUUGGAACAGAGUUAAAUCAAUGCUCCCUUCAAGUGCAGAAAGUCAGGCCGCCAUUGAUGAGGGAGAGAAGACUAAUUCUGUGGGAUUAAAGAAUUGGGUGCAUUAUUUCUAUGGGGAUAAAACUUCUGCGGAAUUAAAUAAAUGGGUACCUCAUUUGUAUGUGAAUAACAGUGACUACAUCUGUUGUUCUUACACUGAUCCUGAAAGCACGGCUGAAAAUGAUGCUAACAAGGAGAAUGUGAGUCUGACAAAUGGGAAAGCUGCAGCAAAGCUGUUUGUUAUGUCCAAGGGAAAACAGAAGUUUCUUGAGGCUCACGGGAUAGAGCAAUGGUGGUCUGAUAACUUGGACCUUCAAAUGUCUCUCCACAACAGCAAGCUAAUAAGCAGGCAGCUGAGAUCUUUGUAUAGCCUCCCUCCUCAGCAAAAGACACCAGUAAAGCCAAGAAUAUAACAGAAAGGAUUUGCCUCUGUUAUUGGAUAAAUAACUCAUUUUCAGUCCCAACUCUUCCUACUAUAAAUUUGGUGCGUGUUCUUUGUAAUAAUCGUUUGAUUGAACUGGUUUUUUCACCUUGUUAAUUCUGCUGACCAAGUCAGCAAGUUCAUUUACUAUCUGUAACUUGACAUACAAAGUCAUUCUUUAA